UAUGAUUCUUCUCCUCGAUCGUACGGCCCUGACUUUACCCACAGUGGGGGCAGAAGAAGCGGAGGCAGAGGGUGUCGGUCGUCAGGUCGGCGCAGCGGCGAACAGUGGCGAGCGGACUCGUACCCCAGCUACGGGUCGAGACUCGAGACUCGAGACGAGUUGGCGAGCUGGCGAGCUGGCGAAAGCGUCGCAAACGCGUUCGUUUGUGUGUUGUCGAGGAGUUCGCGGAGGGAACGCGAGAUUUCCAAAAAAAAAAAAAAAAAACGUACAAGAAGCAUCUUCACCAGACAUUCUAGAUCGUGGAGUCAUCUCAGGGAACCAUCGUGUUAAAAAAAAAAACUUGUAAAGAAACUGGUUUGUAGAAAAACUCGCAAGUGACAAAAGACUUCUCUGUGAUUAUGGAAGGUCCUCCCUGUUUGUCGUGGGGUGACUAGCGUCGACUAGCAUCGUUUCCUGGUGAAGCGCCGGUUCGAUAGUGAUCGAGGAUACUUUGGAGAGCACGUCGCGAGAGCAUCCGGAGGGACGGAGGGAUGCCAACUAUUGAGCGGAGAUGCACGUGUGUCGCGAGUCGCGACGCUCGCCGGGACCGGGGGUAGAACUCCGUCGAGCCGUCUCGCUCCGAAAAACAAGCGUGACAUGUCAACCUUGUUGGACUUGGAAGGAGUGACAAUCGGGAACGAGAAUCUCUCGUCUGAGAACAUCAGGGCAAUUUCCUGGACGCUAGACUCCAUUCCUGCGACCAUUUCGCAGUCCUCUAUCCGCGGUUGUUAAAUCUGAACCAGAUAGUAUCGGUUCGAUACGUCGGCGUCGCGACGUCGAUGACGUCGUCUGAAGAAACUUGGAAUCGCUCUACAGUCGUAUCAUUAUCUAGUCGAUCUAGAUAUGACGACACCGAAUGCAGCCCUAGUUGCAAGAUCUCGCGAUUACUCCCGGAGAAGCUGGCAACCACCGCGAUCGUCGACGACGUUCCACCGUGCUGCCGACGACCCUGAAUGCGUUCCAAAAUGUAAUUCUUUUUCGUCAAGCCGAUGACGGGUUCUACGCGAAAGGAAGCUCGCGCACUCUGCUGAUUCCGUAGAAUUGCGAUCGUCGUCGCGAGAUGUUACCGCCGAGCAUAAUCGACGUGCAGGGCGCCAUACCGCGCGAUCUGACGACAAACAGUCGCGGUCUGCUGCUGUCGGAGACGAUGUGCGGGACCGAGCUGCGCUCCGCCGAGGUGGCGGCGACCAGCUGCCACGUCGCGAGAUACCGCGAGGAGUUCGACGAGACCAUCCGCACCGUCUCGGAGCCGGAAUGUUCGAAGCGGAGGAUCGAUUCCGCCGGGACUGGCAGCACCAGGUCGGUACCGGACGGCCGGUCGCGUCAAGGCUUUUCCAAGGGCUCCGCCUCUCUGCAGAGCCUGGUGCGUCGCAGGAGCCGCAGGCACGGCACGUCCUUACCCUCGGAGGUCGAGCUGUCUUCGAGGCCGCCGGUCUCGUUGGCGAGAACGACUAGCGUCGCCAAGGCACCAGCAGGCCCCUCUAUGUCCUCCUCCUGGAACAACUCCGCCGAGCAGGAAAGCGACUACGUUGUCGAUCCCGUGCAGGGGAACGCCUACUACAAAGGACAGUUUUUGGGAAAGGGUGGAUUCGCGAGGGUUUACCUAAUGACCGAUGUCAGUAAUGGGAAUCAGUACGCGUGUAAGAUUAUUCCGAAGAAUCGAAUGCAGAGGAUCCACAUGCAGAAGAUCGCGCGUGAGAUCAUGAUUCACAAAGAGCUGAAUCACGUUAACGUCGUCCAGAUGCAUCAUUAUUUCGAGGACAAUCUCAACGUGUACAUGCUCCUAGAGGCCUGUCCACGAAAGAGCUUGAUGCACGUGCUGAAGUACCGUGGCAAAGUCACAGAACCGGAAGCACGUUACUACAUGAAGCAAAUGGUGACCGGCGUCGCGUACAUCCACUCGCAGAAAGUCGUGCACCGGGAUCUGAAGCCCGGCAACAUGUUCCUAUCGGACCGGAUGAUCGUCAAGAUCGGCGACUUCGGACUAGCGACCAGGCCUGACGGUCAGCGUAGACGAGUGACGAUAUGCGGCACGCCAAACUACAUCGCUCCGGAAGUGUUGUACAAGCAAGCGUACAGUUACGAAGCGGAUGUUUGGGCGCUGGGCUGCAUAUUGUACGCCCUGUUGGUAGGGCAGCCACCCUUCGAUACAGCCACACUUAAGGAGACUUACGCCAGGAUCUGCAACAACCAUUACCGUGAGGUCGACGACAGUAUCGCGAGCAGAAGCGGCCAAGACUUGAUCAGGUGGUUGCUACAAUCUAAUCCCGAAUUACGACCGAGUCUAGAGAGGGUGAAGGAACACGUCUAUUUAACCAAGGAAUACGUGCCAGCAUCUUUACCUCACACUUGCUGCUACCAAAUGCCACCGGCAUCAAUCAUCGAGCCACCCUCGUCACCAUCCUCGGUAUCUACGGUCGCUAGGAAUCCGGAAAUUAAGGCACAGAUAUGGCAGCAGAGUCUCGUUUAUCCUGACGCGUCAUUGCGUUAUCAACAGACGAUUCCGAGUCAGCAGGCGCAACAGCAGUCGCAGCAGCACCAGCAACAUCUAUUGAAUCGCUCGCAGAAGAGUCUGCAAAAGGAGUCCAAGGUCUCUAGCUGGCUCGUGAGGAAAUUACCCAAACUACCGCGAUUCCGGCAACGGCUCAGCAGCGUGCUCUGUCCGGAUCACAAGAAAACCGGCCUUGUGGCGCAAAGCGUGCAGAUGCAUCGCGCACUAGAAGCGUGCGUACCGGAGAUGAAGCGGAAUAACGCGUGCAAUCCACCAACUGUAGAGGACAUCGUGCCGCUCUUCGUCACCAAAUGGAUCGAUUAUUCGAACAAAUACGGGCUGGGCUUCCAACUCUCCGACAGGUCGGUUGGCGUUCUCUUCAACGACAAUACGAAGAUCAGUUACACUCAUGAUAGAAGAAGAGUGGAAUAUAUGACCACCGACGACGAGAUGACGCGAUAUCAUCGAGAGAGGGAUGUGCCGGCACCACUGCAAAAGAAACUCGAAUUACUCCGCCAUUUUACCGAAUAUAUGGAUGACUUUUUAACAGAAGGUGGUGAGCUAAAAAAAUACCGCGCGCCGCCGAGGCAGUCGAAAAACGCUUGCGUGCCGCGAAUGAGACGGUGGCUACGUACGGACAAGGCCAUCGUGAUGGAGCUAACGGUACCACUCCUGCAAGUGAACUUCUUCGUGGACCACACGAAGAUGGUGGUGUCGCAGGAAUCCGCGGGAGGAAGGGGCUAUCUGAUCACUUACAUCGACACUGGCCGACACGCAUCCUCCUAUUGGCUGAACGACCUCCGUGACCUCGGCUGCACCCCGGAUCUCUACGAACGUCUGUACUACGUCUGCAAGGUGACGCGCGAGUUCGCCGAGUUGGACAAUAACACGACCGCCUGAUGAUCGCCGGCGGAUUCUCGAGGGACACGCGCUGUGCUUUCCUCAAGAACCGCUCAGGCGACCGAAUUGGCAGCGAGAUCUCUCAGAUACCUGUUUUAGAUCUUACCCAAGCAACUUUUUCUUUUCCGUAAAGUGGCAUUUAAGUGCCAGUGAUAAAGUUCUUCAGCUACAAAAAGAUAAUUAUGAAUUACUACGGUCAAAUUUUUAUGAGUUUUUUCAUAUUAUCACGGUGAGAGAUACAAAAAUAUCCGUUUUUGUAUCCUUUUUCUUUCUCAAGAUAAGGGUUACACGGAAAUAACGGCCAAGCGAGUACGUUAAGAUACCGUUACGCGCAGCAUUUCUCGGGGGUGGGAGGAGGCCGUAAAUAAGAAUGUCACGCGUAUAAGUCCGCGAGAAGGUGUGUCUUGUGAAAGACCGCGUGAUGCGAGUGCUUCCGCGAGUUGAUAAAUUCCGUUUAUAAAUCUGCACGUUGUUUUCACAAAACCAGAAGUAAUCGCCUGUAAGCACGUGGCUCAUUUCGGCAGGUCUUCUCUGAAGAAAUGUUAAUUUUCCCACGUGAGAAGACUAGUUAGAUCAGUAAGUAAUCUGUCAGACUGCCAUCGUCGCAAUAACGAUGUUUUGUGAGUCCAAGUAGGUAUAGCUGUAUCGUUCCUCUUAAAUCAAUAUUAUGUCGCGAAAGCAUUACGUGUUCUGUUAGCUUUUUGGAGUGGAGUCUCACUCUAAAAAGUGAAAAUGGAGCCAAUCUUGAAAAAGAGCUCAAUUUCUUUUUAUCUU